GCAAAGUUUUUUUGUAAACCGUCUGCAAAGGCGGGGGGGUGAGGAGAGAGCCCGAGACGGGGCCGAGUGCAGCCGCCUCCUCCUUCUUCUCCUCCUUUUCGCUUCUUCUCCUUUCCUCUGCCGCCUCCUUCCCUCUCUCCGGCUACUCAGCUCGUCUGUGGCCAGAGCCAGACCGAGGAUUCGCGGGAUCGAGGAGCCCGCAGUCCGGAGUCCCCGCGGCCACAGAUGCCCGGCCCCCUCUCCCGGCGCGGAGCUGCUCCUCACCCGGCGCCGUCGCUGCCUCAGCCCCCGCCCUCUUCCCUUUCCUCGGCUCCGGGCGCCGGCUUCAGCUGCCUGUCGGCUCCACCACCAAGCCCCCGGAAAGAAGCCGUGAGCCUUCCCUCGGCUUUGGCUCCGACUCGGGCGCCGGCUCUGAGGGGAGCUUGAGGUGCUCUGCCGGGUCCCGCAGGGUCUUCUUACUCCGGUCCCGAAGGACUCGGCGGUAGUAGUUGGGAGGAAGGUCGGUUCCUUGAGGCUCCCAGGAGUCCCGGCCGGACUUAGGACCGCGCGGGGUCACUCUCGCUAGGGGAGUCUCUUCUGCCCGCCCGCGGGCUUCAGAGUAGCUGCGUAGGGCCCGUCCCGGGCUUGACGAAUCCCGAAGCCAUGGGGUGCUGGGGUCGGAACCGGGCCCGGCUGCUAUGCAUGCUGUCGCUGACCUUCAUGUUCAUGGUCCUGGAGAUGGUGGUGAGCCGGCUGACUUCGUCGCUAGCGAUGCUCUCGGACUCGUUCCACAUGCUGUCCGACGUGCUGGCCCUCAUCGUGGCCUUGGUGGCGGAGCGCUUCGCCCGGCGGACCCAGUCCACCCAGAAGAACACGUUCGGCUGGAUCCGGGCCGAGGUGAUGGGCGCCCUGGUGAACGCCAUCUUCCUGACCGGCCUCUGCUUCGUCAUCUUGCUGGAGGCCAUCGAGCGCUUCAUCGAGCCCCACGAGAUAAAGCAACCGCUGGUGGUCCUCGGGGUCGGUGUGGCGGGGCUCGUGGUCAACCUGCUGGGACUCUGCCUCUUCCACCACAAUGGCUUCGGGCAAGGCGGUGAGUCCGGCGGUGGCCACGGCCACUCCCACGGGGGCCACGUCCACGGCCACAGUCACGGCAAGGGGGUCCGGGGCAAGAGCAACCGCAGCGGGGGCAACAACAGCAACCUGACGGAGAGCGAGCGGGCCGCCGACGGGGAGGAGACCAACAACUUGGUCAUCAGUAGCAGCAAAUCGAACGGGAUGAAGCUGGAACGAGAAGAAGAACAAGAUGGAGACCGAACAAUGGAUGUGCAAGUUAAUGGGACCCUUAUUGUUGAUGAUUCAGACAAUUUAGAUUCAGAAGAUGAAGAUAAUAGGGGACAACUUAACAUGCGUGGAGUUUUUCUGCAUGUCUUUGGAGAUGCCUUGGGUUCGGUAAUUGUAGUGAUAAACGCCUUGGUCUUUUUCUUUUCUUGGAAAUCUUGUCCCGAAGGAGAGAUCUGUAAGAACCCAUGUGUCCCUGACCCCUGCGAGGCAUUUGUAGGUAUAAUUAAUAGUACUGAUCCAGUAGGUGAGGUUGGUCCUUGCUGGGUGCUAUAUUUAGAUCCGACUCUUUGUCUUGUAAUGGUUGGAAUACUUUUUUAUACUACUUAUCCAUUACUUAAGGAAUCUGCCCUUAUCCUUCUGCAAACUGUACCUAAACAAGUAAAUAUCAGAAAUUUGAAAAUGGAACUUCGAGAUGUUGACGGAGUGGAAGAAGUUCAUGAAUUGCAUGUUUGGCAGCUUGCUGGAAGUAGAAUCAUUGCCACUGCUCAUAUAAAAUGUCGAGACCCUGCAUCCUACAUGGUGGUGGCUAAAAGCAUUAAGGACGUUUUUCAUAAUCACGGAAUCCAUGCCACUACUAUUCAGCCUGAAUUUGCUAGUGUAGGUUCUAAAUCAGGUGUUGCCCCAUGUGAGCUUGCCUGUAGAACUCAAUGUGCAUUGAAGCAAUGUUGUGGGACAGCACAAAAAAACAAGGAAACAGAAAAGGCCCCAAUUAGCAUUUCUUGUUUAGAACUUAGUGACAAUUUAGAGAAGCAGCCCAGGAGGACUAAAAUUGAAAAUAUACCUGCUGUUAUGAUAGAUAUAAAGAAGAUGCCAAACAAGCAACCUGAAUCAUCUAUGUAAGUUUUCAAAACAUGUGAUGUUCAACUUGUUUUCAUCUACAAGAGAAAGAGACUCUCCAUUGAAAUCCUAAGUUUGCCAAGUAGUAUAAUUGCUGAAGUCCUUGUUUUGGUCACACUGUUUAAUUCUAUUUUUGUAAGAACAUAAUGGAAUUGCAUAACACAAAGUUUUAUAUAUUACAACUUUGUGAUUAUCAGUGCACAGUACAGCUAUGCUGUAACAAUAUUGGAAAGCCAGUUUUAACACUAUGUUACAUUUUUUUUUGUUAAAAGUAAGUAUAAACCUUGUAUAACAUAAUGAUACUUUUGAUUUCAGUUUUCCCAUAGCAAAACUUAAUUGGGGAUAAAUAAAUUAAAAUUAAUUUGUUACUAGAAUUUCUCUGCUUUGUCUUUCCCCUCCAAUGUUUUACUUUUAUUUGAGAAUUUUUGAUGAAACUUGAAAUAGUACUGUUUUUUGUUUCCUUAGACAUUUUAGAUUACAUUUUCCUUCCCCUUUCGAAAUUAUUACAUAGCAUAAUGGUAGCAUAAAAAAAAAAUACCGACUCAUGGAUGUUAAUGGGAAAAGUUAUUCCAUUUUUUUUCAUGUGGAGCAAUUUUAUCAUUUUACCAAGAAAAAGAUCAAUUACUAUCUUGUAUUAAGUUCUGUUCUUUAUUGCUGAGUAUUAUUCCAAUUGAAAUGUGAGACAAUUAAAUGGGAAACUUCCGUUUUAUGUACAUAAUAGGUUUGAAAAAGAGUAUAAAAGUUAACCCAACUGAACGUCAUUUAGAUUCUUUUAUAGCUUGUUAAUGUGUAGAAGAACAUUUAAAUUGUUUGAAAACUUUAUGCAUAAAACUUGUCUUUCAAAAAAAUUAUGAAAAUGUACAUUUUAUAGAGGUGUUCACCAGCAUUGUUUAUAUUUGGGAAAAGAUUGAUCUCCAUUAAUAAUACUGAAGGCUCAAAGGUUUACUCAAAAUAUCUAUAUAAAACAAAAGGUAUUUUAAAAGAUAUUAUAUGUAGUUUACUUAACUCUUUAAUGGGUGUUUCAAAGAUGCUGUUCUCUCAAAUUAUUUCAUGGCAUCUGUCCCCAAAUAGAUUUUUAAGAAAGCUAUCUAAGCAUUACAAGCAGUGUUUUUGUUUCUUUGUGAGCCACUAAUUAGGGAAGAAAAAAAUUAGGAGGCUGUCACUUGAGUAUUAAAUCCUUUAAAAUUAAAUUCAUAAUUAAGGCUGGACUCUCUCACUUCUAUAAUGUCUUGUCAUUGCUCAGGUCUUCCAACAGUGACUUAUUUUGAAUAUAUAGUCUAACACCUACAUUUGAACUGACUGAACUAUGACGGAAAUUGCUUUUAGCUAUUUUCUUAUUGCUGUUCUUUUUAAGUACAGUUACUUAAACAGUAUUUAAGAAGUUGAAAAGUCUCGAACGGAAGAAUCAUUAUGCUUUUUUAUUAAGCAUAACUUUUUUGUCUGUAAUGAGACUAAUAUUGAUACAUCAGUUAUCAUUCAUAGAAAUAUUUUGCCAAAAGCAUAGUGUCCUGACUACUUAAGUUGUUUUUAUAGAUGACUACUUCUGGGAAUGUCUAUCUUUUUGAAUUAGAUAACAAUUCACUAUUUAAAUGCAAAGUUUAAGAUAAAGAUAUUAAAAAAAGACUGGAAUUAGAAAUUUCUUUUUUAGUAUAUAAUCUUUGUAGUAGCAGGCAUAGGUUUUCCCCCUCUAGUAUAUGCCUGUUGCUGGCAAUAGGCUUAUUAUUUUUUAAAUAGGCCAUAUUAAUGGACAGCGUAUAUUCCAUUAAGAAUGAGAACAAGUUGUGUUUGAAUAAUAACAACGGGAACACAGUUUAUAAAAUCAGGCUUGCUAAAAUGGGCCAAAACUGUAACCUGACAAUUGGGGUCUCUUCAUACUAUUUUGCCGAUAUUACCCUUAUAAUUCAAUUGAUAAUUCCUAAACUGAUAGGUAUCUUUAAUUUUUCAUAAAUUUGAAGUUUGCUUUUUUAAAAACAAUAUAGGGGAGUCUCAUGUGGGUAAACAAGAAAGCUGCUAAUUGUACCGUUAUCAUGUGCAUUUCUGAUUUAACAUUUUAAACUAUGGAAUCUUUUAUUAAGGUAUUUCAAAGCUGAGUUUAUAUUUUGUAAACAUUUCAGUAAUAAUAACAAAAAGAUAACUAGUAAAAUAACAUCCAAGAAGGGUUCUCUGAACAAAUGCAGUGUUUCCUAAAGAAUCGAGGUUUUAAAAAUAGAAGCACAGGACAAGGGCUAUGUUUUUCUCAAAAGUACUAUAAAAGUAACCAGUAGGUCUAGUUAUCUGGUUUUUCAUAACUUGUUUUAAGUAGUUUAUAUAUAAUGCAUAAAGUGGUACCCUAGUGUGUUCCUUCUCAAAGUAGUUUGUUAUUUAAUAACAAAGGCAGUGGGCACUGACUCACCUUUUGAUUUUUAUCAGAGAAACAAUGUUUCUCUCUACAAUGCACUUUCUAACCCAUGUUUUACUUAAAUGAAAAGUUACGUUGAAAAACCAUGGUUUUUUGUUGUUUUUUUUGGUUUGGGUUUUGUUUCUUUUGUUUUGUUUGUAUUUAGAAUUCUUACAAUUUCAAUCCCUUUUGCCUUUAUGAAAGGAAAUGAGGGAAUCCUCCCUCAAAUUCUUAGGGCACGUGAGCCCAAUAUUUAAGGAAAAAAAAAACAACCCAUUUUAUAUGUCUGCACCAGUUCUAUCGCCUUGCAGCUUUUAAGCUGGCUUUUCCUUUGUGAGUAAGAUUAGUGAGUUUGUAAUAUGGGCACUUAGAAUUUUGUCUGUUGUCCAUCUUAUAGGAAGGAGGUACUCUAUGUGCCUGAAUUAAAACCAAUCCAGAAAACUUUUUUUUUUUUUUCCAAGCCAAAUGCAGCCUUAAUUAAGGGAGAAUAGAUUCUCCAUUGUGACAUUUUAGCUUGUAUGAUUAUUGAAUUAGUAGGUUUGGAGUACAUAUCUGCAUUAAGAAAGAUAUGAAUUAGAAAACCUAUUUUUCACAGUGUAUUUGAAUGCCUUUUGGUGGGGGGAGGGGAAGAAUGCCAUAUUUCUGAGGCAAGCAAUUUGAGUAGGAAUUUUUUUCUAUCAAAUAUUUCAUGGAAAAUCUAUUAAAAAGGGUGUGCUGUAUGUAAUGUGAGGGAAACAUUUUUGUUUUAUUUUUUAAAAACUUCCAUUUAAAUUAAUGUUCAUGUUUUUGUUUUUCUGAAUUGAAAAACUUGAAAACAUUAAAGGAAAUAACUGGGUUAUAACAUGAAAAUAUUUAAAGUGGGAUAACUGUAGGGUCCUAGUACUCUCUUUUUAUGAGAAAGCUAUAAAUGUCACAUCUUCACCUUUUGUCUUAAUGUCUUCACAAAGAGUAUGAAAAAACAUGUGGAGAGUAACUUGGUUGAUAUGCUGAAGCUCUUAAAACCACAUAGAAAUAUUUAAUACUGAUUUUCAAUGUAAUGGUGAAUCACAGAACAGUGUUAAAACUUGGCGAGGAGCAGAAGAAACUUUUUUCUCCUUCCUUUUUCUGUUUAAUAUUAGAUCUGAGUCAAACUUACUAUUUGACCAUCUCUGAAAAGGAGUUUAAUAACAUCAUUUUGAUGCAGCUUUACAGACCUUGUGUAUAACUGCGAUUUCAUUUUACUGACAAAACCUUGGAAUAUCUUAGCAAUCAUUUUCACUGGUAAAGGGCCUCUUGUGUGUCCUACAAUUUAAACCUUUAAACCAAAAAUCUUACGGUCCAGUGUCUUUGACAAAAAGAUACUGAAGGGAAUGUAGCAUACAAUUGACAUAUAUGGUUGUACACGAGAAAUCUUUCUCAAGACACAGAAAUUGCCAUGUUAUCGUUCUGCCUUGAAACAGCACAAUGAAAGUAUGUCAGUGUAUGCUGUGAUUCUUUAUGGAACUUUCAUAAUGUAGUUUUGGUGUCUGCUAUUGCCAGCUAUUUAGGCAGAAUGUGGUGCAGUUUUAUGCAGUUGUCAUCUCAUGAAAUGCAGAUACAAAUAUAUUUUCUGUGUAAAAUUUUAUCUUACCGAUUUCGGUGUGUUUUUUAUAUGUUUUAUGACUGUACAUUGUUUUCCAAAGCUGUUCCUACCUCACCAUGAGGCUUUAUGAAUUGUUAUGUAUUAUAAAUGUUCUAUAUGAGACAGGCUACUGUGUUUCCCCCUCUCUUCUCAUUUAUUAAAAGUAGAAAAAUAAACUAAUUUUUACAUA